AUGGCAUCGACUUUAAUGAAGACGAAAUCUCAAUUGAGGGAAAUUUUUAACGCUGGAAUAAAAGCAGUUUUACCGUAUAAUUUAAUUAAAAGUCAUGUUAAAAUUGUUGAUGAUCGUUUGCAUAUUGGAAAUGAAAUUUUUACAUUAUCAUCAAAUGUUUAUUUAAUCGGUUUUGGAAAAGCAGUCAUGGGAAUGGCAAUUGCACUUGAGGAUUUGCUUGGUGAUCGUUUAAAAAAGGGAAUUGUUAGCAUUCCAAAUGGUUCGAAGGCUGAUAUUUGGAAGAGGGAAAAUUUGCAAAAUUUUCCAAAAUUAUCAGGAGGUAUUGAAUAUCGUGAAGGCGCUUUACAUAAUCAACCGGAUAAUGAUUGUUUAGAAACAACGCACGAUAUAUUGGAUUUAGUUGAAGGACUAAAGGAAAAUGAUACACUUAUCGUUCUCAUUUCGGGAGGAGGAUCAGCUCUACUUUUUAUGCCAAGGCCUUUAAUAUCCGCCGAGGAGAAACAGGAAUUUUGUAAAAAUCUCCAAAAUUCCGGUGCUAAUAUAAUGGAAUUAAAUACAGUGAGAAAAAAAUUAUCAAUGGUGAAAGGUGGUGGUUUGGCGAAAAUUGCAUUUCCAGCGUCAAUAAUAAGUCUCAUAAUUUCUGAUAUAAUAACAGAUCCAAUUGAUUUGAUUGCAAGUGGUCCAACAGUUUAUAAAACUAGGCCUUCAAAAGAAGUGAUGGAUAUAUUAAAGAAAUAUGAUCUUUUAAAAGAUCUCGAUGGUGGUUUAAAAGCUCUUUUAAAUUCAAAGGAACAAAAGGAGGAUAAAAAUUUACUUAACAAGAAAAAGGAAUUUAAACAUGUACAUAAUGUUAUUAUUGGAAAUAAUUUAAUUGCUAUGAAUGCAGCCAGAGAUGCGUGUUUGGGAAAAAAUUUAAGUCCCAUUAUUUUACGUAACGAUGUUCAGGGUGAUGUUCAUGAUGUAAGUAUUGCUUACACAAAAAUUACAUUUUUCAUUUGUCUCGCAUUGGAGAAAUUAAUUGAACGAAAGGAUUUAUUGGAAAAUAUGAAAAAUGAUUCUAUACUUGGGAUCGAUGCACGAAAAGUCGAUGAAAUUUUUGAUAUAAUUGAAGAAAAUAAUGGACAAGGAAUUGUUUUAAUUGGCGGUGGUGAACCAACUGUUAGAGUUAAAGGUACGGGAAAAGGAGGACGAAAUCAGGAACUUGCUCUUUAUUUUUCACUCGAUUGGCUUCUAAAAGUAAAAUCUCAUUCAAAUUUAUCGAAAUAUGAAGUUAUUAUUUUAAGCGGUGGUACUGAUGGUCAAGAUGGUCCAACUGAUGCUGCAGGUGCUUUUGGAUAUCCAGCAAUUGCACCAAUUAUUCAUCAUUUACGGGAGAAUGUAAGAAAACUUGUAAAAAUGAAAAAUCUUCCACGUGACAAUUUUAAUAUACCCCAUGUGGAUUUUAACGUGGAAAAAAUACCUAGAAAUUUAGAUGAAAUUGCCAAAGAAAUUGACACACUUCUUCCGGAGAAUGUUCUCAAGGAAAAUGAUUCUUAUAAUUUUUAUUCACGUUUCAAAAAGGGUGAGGAUUUAAUUAAAACAGGACUCACUGGUACAAACGUUAUGGAUCUUCAUUUUAUUUAUAUAAGAAAACGUCAGUGUGAUUGUUGUUUAGAUUUCACGAAUGAGAGUAAAUCUUAUAAUCCAUUUGAUGAACAUGAUUUACAUAGUAAUUUGGAAGCUCCGGAAAUUGUGAAAGAAAAAUUGUCAAUUGUUAAGGAACUCGAAUUGAUAAAUAUUAAAAUUGUUGAUGAUAAUUUUGAAUCGAUAUGUUGCACAAGUAAAAAGAAUAAAUGA